AUUUAACCCUCCGACUCUUGGCCUCGCCGCGCGUGCUGGCAUCUCCUGCCCUGCCAGGCCCGCGUCUCCGCCAGCCCCUCUCCUCCCGUGCCCCCUCCUCGUGCCCAGCCCGCGCGCUCUCCCCCGCCCUUCUCCUCCCGCUCUCCCGGGCUCACUCGCAUCCGAGCUCGACGGCUACACGCCCAGCCGUCGAGGCGGGAAGAGCUUGGGCUGAGGGAGAACUUCACGACUGCAGGUUGGGUAGGUGCGGCAGAAGGCGUUUCCGCGGCGAGAGCCUCCAGCAAGGGGGUCCGGAGUAGCAUGGCCCGGAGAAGCGCCUUCACUGCCGCCGCGCUCCGGCUCUGGAGCAUCCUCCCGUGCCUGCUGGUGCUGCGGGCGGAGGUCGGGCAGCCGCGGGAGGAAAGCCUUUACCUGUGGAUCGACGCUCACCAGGCGAGGGUGCUCAUAGGAUUUGAAGAAGAUAUCUUGAUUGUUUCAGAGGGGAAAAUGGCCCCUUUUACACAUGAUUUCAGAAAAGCACAACAGAGAAUGCCAGCUAUUCCUGUCAAUAUCCAUUCCAUGAACUUUACCUGGCAAGCGGCAGGGCAGGCAGAAUACUUCUAUGAAUUCCUGUCCUUGCGCUCCCUGGAUAAAGACAUCAUGGCGGACCCAACCGUCAACGUCCCUCUGCUGGGAACAGUGCCUCACAAGGCAUCAGUUGUUCAAGUUGGUUUCCCAUGUCUUGGAAAACAAGACGGAGUAGCAGCAUUUGAAGUGAAUGUGAUUGUAAUGAAUUCUGAAGGCAAUGCCAUCCUGCAGACGCCUCAAAAUGCUAUCUUCUUUAAAACGUGUCAACAAGCCGAAUGCCCAGGAGGGUGCCGAAAUGGAGGCUUUUGUAAUGAAAGACGUGUCUGCGAGUGUCCUGAUGGAUUCUACGGACCUCACUGUGAGAAAGCCCUGUGCGCACCUCGAUGUAUGAAUGGUGGGCUCUGUGUCACCCCAGGUUUCUGCAUCUGCCCCCCUGGAUUCUAUGGAGUCAAUUGUGAUAAAGCCAACUGCUCGACUACCUGCUCUAAUGGAGGCACCUGCUUCUACCCUGGAAAGUGUAUUUGCCCUCCAGGCCUAGAGGGAGACCAGUGCGAAAUAAGCAAAUGCCCACAGCCCUGUCGAAAUGGGGGUAAAUGCGUUGGUAAAAGCAAGUGUAAGUGCCCCAAAGGUUACCAAGGAGACCUCUGCUCAAAGCCUGUCUGCGAGCCUGGCUGCGGUGCGCACGGAACCUGCCGUGAACCCAACAGCUGCCAGUGUCAGGAAGGCUGGCAUGGAAGACACUGCAAUAAAAGGUAUGGAGCCAGCCUCGCGCACGCCCCGAGGCCGACAGGCGCCAGGCUUCGGCAGCACACGCCUGCACUUAAAGAGGCUGAGGCGCGGCGGGAUCCACCUGAAUCCAAUUACGUCUGGUGAACACCGGCAUCUGAAACGUUUUAAGUUACACCAAGUUCAUAGCCUUUGUUAACCUUUCAUGUGCUGAAUGUUCACGUAAUCUUCAUUACAGUCAAGAAUACUGGCCUGAAUUUUAUUAGCUUCAUUAUAAAUCACUGAGCUGAUAUUGACUCUUCCUUUUAAGUGUUCUGAGUACGCCUGUAGCGUGAUGGUAUAGAUUUUCUUGUUUCAGUGCUUUGGGACAGAUUUUAUAUUAUGUCAGUUGAUCAGGUUAAAAUUUUGUGUUUUCAGUGUGUAGUCAGCAGAUAAUUUCUAAAAUUACAAUGCAUUCAUGGUGUCGAGGGGCUGGGGGUACAUUAGAGAAGGUAAAUGGAGCAAAUAUGCAUAAAUCACAAGGGUUUAGAUGAAGCAGUAAAUAAUGCUGAAGUUACAGCAUUUCAAAUUUUGUCAUGUACUUAGAUAUUUGUCACAUUUUUUAAUUGCCCUUAUUUUUAAACUCUCAAUACAAUGUUUUGACUUUACCAUGAGUCCAGAGAAUUCAGUAUUCAAAAAAAGAAAGAAAGAACACUGUGGUAGUGACAUUUAAACAGUAUAAUAUAUUGUAAACACAAUAAAAUAGGGAAUAUAAUGUAUGAACUUUUGGCAUUGGCUUGAAGCAAUAUAAUAUAUUGUAAACAAAACACAUCUCUUACAUAAACAUUUUAUACUGUUUGUAUGUAUAAAAUAAAGGUGCUGCUUUAGUUUUUGGA